AUGUUAUCACUUUCACCGCCACCGCAGCGGAAGUGCCGAGUGGCUGCGUUAACAAGUGUGUUUGUAAUUGUUGUUACAGGUUUAAAAUUAGUAGCUGCUUUUAGUCAAUUAGUUUGGCAUCAGUAUCUCCAUUACUUAAACAAAGUAACUGAUGACACUUUCAGUCGUAUCAGUAAACGAGUUGACGAUAACCAUCGCCGGCUGGCCAAGGUCAAUGACAGGGUCAGCCUGGCUCGUGCCAAAGUAUCCAAACUCCAAGGUAGUAACAAAGCGACCAAAGUUUUUGCCUGUGCAAAGUACCCCUCUCCUGAGUAUCUGGAAGAAUAUGAGAGUGUAUUUAAAGAAGGGAACUCUCUGAGGAACAUUCCUAAGUCUCAUGUCAAGUUACAACAAAACAAGUCCUUGAUUGUGGAUGAGAAAAUUUUGAAAGAAAAAUUGCAGUAUUACAAUGUGCAUCUUAAUGUGAAGAGUAAACAGCGUGAUGAUGAGGGGGAGGGGCUUGGUCGUCUCCCGCGCAACAUUCCAUCAAUCAGUUCACUCCUCCUGUUCAACACAACAGAAAAUCCUUAUAAGAAAUAUGUGAUGCUUGAUCCACUUGGUGUUGUAACAAAAACACGUCAAGACAUUGGUGAACAAGAUCAAGAUGGCUUAACCGAAGCUCCAAGCAGUAUUGCUCAAAAUGAAGAAAUCAGGAGACAUGCUGUGGAUAAUUACUUUUAUGUUCCAACUAUUGGCCUUGUUCCAGAGAUUAUAGCUCCAAGCUCUCUUCCUGAUUUAACAGGUGUUGCGGAUGAUGAGUCUUUCUUGGCAGACCAGGGUCCUUCCAUUGCUCCCUCUGUACCCAGCAGUGUGCCUGAUCUGCCGUCAAUACCUUCACAAGAAGCUGAUAUUCCCACAGGCCCAGCCACAACUUCUCCAGCUGCUGGUGCACUUUCUUCUGCUGUUGCUCCACCGCCACCUCCACCACCACCGCCGCCACCGCCAGCAGCAGCAGCUCCCCCGCCUCCUGCAGCUGUUGCACCACCCCCGCCACCCCCACCUCUACCACCCACUUCAGAAACUGCUGCACCUCCAGAUGCUGCUGCAGAAUCUGAAGACACAACCCCAUCCAGCAAGGCUCCUGCACCGUCCAGUGCCAGCAGUGGAGAUACAUGGGGGGACUUGCUCAAGUCGAUUCGUGAGGCAGGCGGGGCCAGCAAGGCCAAACUGAAGAAGGCAGAUGAAAGAAAGCAGGAAAAGAAGAUGAAGAAGAAAAAGAAUGAUGAUAUAGACACUGACGAUUCAAGUACAGCUGCUGGCUCAGGAGGAGGGGAUCUGAUGGCUGACCUGACAAAGAAACUGAUGAUGCGUCGACGAGGCAUAAUGGGUAACCUGUCCCAGAGUGAAAGCAAUUCCAGAGAAAAAGAUCCCUCAGCAGCGCCAGCCAGUGCUGGAAAUGUGAUGGACAAAAUAUCAGCUAUGAUUGCACCCCCACCUCCAAAAGCAAAUAAUGAGGAGCAUUCAGAUAGUGAUUUUGACUAA